AUAUACUGACAGGGUCAAGUACCUCGUUGCAUUCAAUUUGUACCCCUGACAAGCCUUUUGGGAACGCGUAAUCUUCCCUUAGCAAGUUGGGCAGGACAUUUCAUAGGUUAGGUACUUAUGGCACCUGCGAUGGGUCCUCGGCUGUUGUGCAUACGACGCCAGGUUUUUUUCAUGUUCUUUAGUGGGACACGACUGCAUUGAUUAUCGCUUGGUUGGCCAACUUUUAGCACUCCGUUCCCGCAAUAGCGUUCAUCAUUUCCCAUCUGGAUGAAAGCAAGCCUAGAAUUCGCUUAACCGGGACGUCACUAAACCUCCUAACCCCCCGCAUACCCGCAUACUGAGAGGCUCAGUACUUCUUUUACCUCUGGACGCCUGCAUCUUGAAACUUUCUAAAAAAAAAAGCUCUCACAUCUCAAUUUUUUUUUCUUUUUGUAUCUCGUAUUGGGGAGUCAAUAUUAGAGACCUGUAACCCCCCUUUUCUUUUAACUUCGCCAACUUCUUUCCAUUUGAUAUCGAACUUGUCUGCGAGAACCAAUAUCCUAACCCACAAUCGUUUCGUACGCUCGUUCUUCUUAUACGCAUGUUGCCAAUUUCAUUAGCCAACAUUCGUUUGGCUGCUGGUUUCGGUCGCACAGACGUAAUCAACAGCAAUAACCAACAACAGCGGCCCUCAUGAUGGGAAUCGUUGAACGAAGAUCGAUCCGUGCUUGCUUCACACGCUUGUCUCGCUCCCAUAAAAUCGGCCUGGGUCUCUUAGCAUUCCUAUUGAUUCUCUAUAAUUUAACACCAUACGAUAGCCCGCCAAGAUCCUUCUUCCGAUUCCAACAUAAUGUUAUGCAAGAUUACUACCAAAAUACCCUCCCGAGCGAUUCCUGGUUGUACAAGCCGCAACCGUAUCCUAUCGACCCCGUUAAUGAUAUCGGCAUAGUAAUCAAGACUGGGUUUGGAACGAGGGGACGGGUACCAGCGGCGCUGAAAGCAUUGAGUAGCGAGUCCCUAAAUGCAGAUACUAUCGUCGUCCAGGAUUUUCCGUUGUUCCCGAAUCAGAAAAAUUACACGUUGGAUAAUGGGAAAGAAGUGCCAGUCAUCGACAUCAUUGGGUGGAACUUAGAACGAGGUGCUCUAGGCGGACAAGAACAGCAACAGCGCGUGCUGAAAUAUAUCACCCUUGCCGAAGCUGUUGAUGGCGAAGAAUGGAUGUUGGCCGAUACAAUAGGCAAGGAUAUGGGAUGGGAACUCGAUGCGAUGAAGUUUCUUCCCAGUCUUGAAUAUAUCUGGCGCACCAUGCCGAAGAAGAAGUGGUAUGUGAUGCUGGACGACGACACAUAUAUCAUCAAAUCAUCCUUGGCUUUACUCCUAGGGCAUUUGGACUACUCCAAACCGCAGUUUAUCGGAAAUCCCGUGGGCGACUACAAGGGUCGUUUCCCGCAUGGCGGAUCAUCUGUAGUUAUGUCCGGCGCUGCUCUGAAAAAGCUAUACGACGAACACCCGGAGGUCGUUGCUGAGGGCCACGAGGAAUCGGCUACGGCAAUUUGGGGCGAUAAAUUACUUUCUACAACAUUCAUGAAGAUCGGCAUCUACCUUGACGAAACAUACCGACGCCUAUUUAACGGCGAGUCCCCGUCGAUGACGCGGAUGUGGAUCGACAGAUUCUGUCUGCCCCUAGUUUCUUUCCACGGUCUCGGCCACGACAAUGCCAUGGUGCAUGUAGGAGAGACGUUCAAGAACAUGACAGAACCCGUAUUUUGGAGACAGCUGGGGAAAAUCUACGGCGCCCCGAGUUUUGCUUCAUUUAUUGCCGAACCGAUUCGAUCUAAUGUGGACUACGUCGGGCGACUAGAUGAGUACAGCAAAACCGUGGAAAAGGUCGCGGAAGUCGAUGCUUGCGUCAAAAUCUGCCAUGACCGACCGAACGAAUGUUUGGCUUGGACGUUCGAUCCAAGGAGCCAAAAAUGUCACAUUGCGCGAUGGGCCAUCCUCGGAGAUGUUAGCGAGGGUCGGUUUUCUGGUAUCAAUGGUCAGCUAGGCCAGAAGCUGGAAAACUCAUGUCAUGGCCCAGCGUAGGCCCCUGUUUUUGUCUCUUUAAUAGUGUCUGGUAUUCCGUUCUAUAUAUAUACUGGUCUGUAUGGUAUUGGAUCAGCUGUUUCAUUCAGCAGAGAUGCACUGGUUGGACGGGCGGCGUUUAUAUAUAUAGACUUCGUAGAGGGGAACGGGGCACCUGGCUUGGUUGGAAUGAUACCCGGGACGGAAUGUAAUUUUUAAUGAAGCAUUCUAAUCCUAAUUGGAUUUCGGCUGUUGUGCCCCUCCAUGUUCGUUGGAUAUGAAAAUUAGUGGUUGUGAGUAGAGACUACGAGCAAUAUGAUGGGAAUAUCUGGUUGGACCCAACAGAUCAUACCUCCUGUAUAGGUAUGAUGUACAACACAUAUGUGAUGUUACGCUGCAAGGCUAGUGGAGUUUACGCGUAAAAUAGAAAGCAUUUUUCUAGGUACAUUAUGUACCCACCCGUGCAUUAUGUACGUGUCUGUACUUUAGCGAUAUAGCGCAGCACGGUGAGAGAGGGUUCAAAAGUUGGCACGCGAUUUAAGUCUAUGCUAGAUCCAAUCAAUCCGCGCAUAUGAGCAGGGAUUA